GUCCUAGGGCGCCCCCGUCCUGUGCCCGCGCCCGACCGGUGCCCGUGCCCGUGCCCGUGCCCGCGCCCGCGCCUUCCUCCGAGCGCGGGGACGGCGCGCCCCGGGCCGCUAUCCGAGGGCGGCGCACGCAGGCGGGGCCCGGCCGCCCACGCAGGACCCGCGGCCGGAAGCGCUCGUUGUCACAAAGGGGCCCACGUGGGUGCCGACGGCUCGGGCGGCGGGCCCAGGAGCCAGGGUCGCCCGGAGAGCUGCCCACUGUCCCGGCCGCCCGACUCCUCGGCCCCGGCAGCCAAGCCGGUCCAGCUUCGGCCGGCGCCGGCUCCGUCCGCCCCCCCCGUCCCCCAGUCUUUGCCGCCAGGGUCGGACCCUGCAGAGCCAUGUCCAUCCUCUACGUCUCCCCGCACCCCGAUGCCUUCCCCAGCCUCCGAGCCCUCAUCGCCGCGCGCUACGGGGAGGCUGGGGAGGGCCCGGGCUGGGGAGGGGCCCAUCCGCGCAUCUGUCUUCAGCCGCCUCCGGCGAGCAGGACCCCCUUCCCCCCACCCCGCCUGCCCGCCCUGGAGCAGGGGCCCGGUGGGCUCUGGGUGUGGGGGGCCCCUGCCGUGGCCCAGCUGCUGUGGCCCGCAGGCCUGGGGGGCCCUGGGGGCAGCCGGGCCGCCGUCCUCGUCCAGCAGUGGGUCAGCUACGCCGACACGGAGCUAGUACCAGCUGCCUGUGGGGCAACGCUGCCCGCCUUGGGACUGCGCGGCUCCGUCCAGGACCCCCAGGCUGCACUGGGGGCCCUGGGAAGGGCCCUGAGCCCCUUGGAAGAGUGGCUUCGGCAGCACACCUACCUGGCCGGGGAGGCUCCCACGUUGGCUGACCUGGCGGCUGUCACAGCCUUGCUGCUGCCCUUCCGAUAUGUCCUGGAUCCCUGUGUGCGCCGGAUCUGGGGUAACGUCACUCGCUGGUUCAUCACCUGUGUCCAGCAGCCAGAAUUCCGGGCCGUGCUGGGAGAGGUGGUUCUGUAUUCAGGGGCCAGGCCUCUCUUCCAACAGCCAGGCCCUGAGGUCACUGCACCUCCAAAGACACCUGCUCAACUGAAGAAAGAGGCAAAGAAACGGGAGAAACUAGAGAAAUUCCAACAGAAGCAGAAGAUCCAACAGCAGCAACCACUGCCCAGGGAGCAGAAGAAACCGAAACCAGAGAAGAGGGAGAAGCAGGAUCCUGGAGUUAUUACCUAUGACCUCCCAACCCCGCCCGGGGAGAAGAAAGACAUCAGUGGCUCUAUGCCCGACUCCUACAGCCCUCAGUACGUGGAGGCAGCCUGGUACCCGUGGUGGGAGCAGCAGGGCUUCUUUAAGCCAGAGUAUGGACGUUCCAGCGUGUCAGCACCUAAUCCACGGGGCAUCUUCAUGAUGUGCAUCCCACCCCCAAACGUGACAGGCUCCCUGCACCUGGGCCACGCGCUCACCAACGCCAUCCAGGACUCCCUGACCCGCUGGCACCGCAUGCGCGGGGAGACCACCCUGUGGAACCCCGGCUGUGACCACGCGGGCAUCGCCACGCAGGUGGUCGUGGAGAAGAAGCUCUGGCGCGAGCGGGGGCUGACCCGCCACCAGCUGGGCCGCGAGGCCUUUCUGCGGGAGGUCUGGCAGUGGAAGGAGGAGAAAGGGGACCGGAUUUACCACCAGCUGCGGAAGCUCGGCAGCUCCUUGGACUGGGAUCGAGCCUGUUUCACCAUGGACCCCAAACUGUCCGUGGCUGUGACAGAGGCCUUUGUCCGGCUCCACGAGGAAGGCAUCAUCUACCGCAGUACCCGCCUCGUCAACUGGUCCUGCACCCUCAACUCUGCCAUCUCCGACAUCGAGGUGGACAAGAAGGAGCUGACGGGUCGCACCCUGCUCUCUGUGCCUGGCUACAAGGAAAAGGUGGAGUUUGGGGUCCUCAUCUCCUUUGCUUACAAGGUCCAAGGCUCAGAGAGCGAUGAGGAGGUGGUGGUGGCGACAACUCGGAUCGAGACAAUGUUGGGAGAUGUGGCCGUAGCUGUGCACCCCAAAGAUCCCAGAUACCAGCACCUGAAGGGGAGGAGCGUGGUCCACCCGUUCCUGUCUCGCAGCCUGCCCGUGGUCUUCGAUGAUUUCGUGGACAUGGAGUUCGGCACAGGUGCGGUGAAGAUCACCCCUGCACAUGACCAGAAUGACUACGAGGUCGGGCGGAGGCACGGGCUGGAGGCCAUCAGCAUCAUGGACUCCCGGGGGGCCCUGGUCAAUGUGCCCCCCCCUUUCCUGGGCCUGCCCAGGUUUGAGGCCCGGAAGGCGGUGCUGGCAGCGUUGAAGGAGCGGGGCCUGUUCCGUGGCAUCCAGGACAACCCCAUGGUGGUGCCGCUUUGCAACCGGUCCAAGGACGUGGUGGAGCCCCUGCUGCGGCCGCAGUGGUACGUGCGCUGCGGGGAGAUGGCCCGGGCGGCCAGUGCAGCCGUGGCUCGGGGCGACCUCCGCAUCCUGCCUGAGGCCCACCGGCGCACCUGGCACGCCUGGAUGGACAAUAUCCGGGACUGGUGCAUCUCCCGGCAGCUGUGGUGGGGCCAUCGCAUCCCAGCCUACUUCGUCACUGUCCGCGACCCAGCCGUUCCCCCCGGGGAGGAUCCCGACGGGCGGUACUGGGUGAGCGGGCGCAGCGAGGCCGAGGCCCGUGAGAAGGCAGCCAAGGAGUUUGGAGUGUCCCCUGACAAGAUCAGCCUCCAGCAAGAUGAGGACGUAUUGGACACCUGGUUUUCCUCUGGCCUCUUCCCCUUCUCCAUCCUGGGCUGGCCCAACCAGUCAGAGGACCUGAGUGUGUUCUACCCGGGGACCCUGCUGGAGACGGGCCACGACAUCCUCUUCUUCUGGGUGGCCCGGAUGGUCAUGCUGGGCCUGCAGCUCACCGGCAGGCUGCCCUUCCGAGAGGUCUACCUACACGCCAUCGUGCGCGAUGCCCAUGGCCGGAAGAUGAGCAAGUCUCUGGGCAAUGUCAUCGACCCCCUGGAUGUCAUCCACGGAGUCUCCCUGCAGGGCCUCCACGACCAGUUGCUGAACAGCAACCUGGAUCCCAGUGAGGUGGAGAGGGCUAAAGAAGGCCAGAAGGCAGACUUCCCGGCAGGGAUUCCCGAGUGCGGCACCGAUGCCCUCCGGUUUGGACUGUGCGCCUACACAUCCCAGGGGCGUGACAUCAACCUGGACGUGAACCGGAUCCUGGGCUACCGCCACUUCUGCAACAAGCUCUGGAACGCCACCAAGUUUGCCCUGCGUGGCCUGGGCAAGGGUUUCGUGCCCUCGGCCACCUCUGAGCCUGGAGGCCACGAGAGCCUGGUGGACCGCUGGAUCCGCAGCCGGCUGACCGAGGCCGUGAGGCUCAGCAACCAAGGGUUCCAGGCCUACGACUUCCCGGCCGUCACCACCGCCCAGUACAGCUUCUGGCUCUAUGAGCUCUGUGAUGUCUACCUGGAGUGCCUGAAGCCUGUGCUGAGUGGGGUGGACCAGGUGGCUGCUGAGUGCGCCCGCCAGACCCUCUACACCUGCCUGGACGUUGGCCUGAGGCUGCUCUCGCCGUUCAUGCCCUUCGUGACUGAGGAGCUGUUCCAGAGGCUGCCCCGGCGGCUGCCGCAGGCACCCCCCAGCCUCUGCGUCACCCCCUUCCCAGAGCCCUCAGAGUGCUCCUGGAAGGACCCUGAGGCAGAGGCGGCCUUGGAGCUGGCCCUGAGCAUUGCCCGAGCCGUGCGCUCCCUGCGUGCCGACUACAACCUCAUCCGGACCCGGCCCGACUGUUUCCUGGAAGUGGCCGACGAGGCCACAGGCGCCCUGGCGUCGGCAGUGUCGGGCUACGUGCAGGCGCUGGCCAACGCGGGUGUGGUGGCUGUCCUGGCACUGGGGGCUCCUGUGCCCCAGGGCUGCGCGGUGGCCCUGGCCUCCGACCGCUGCUCCGUCCACCUGCAGCUGCAGGGGCUGGUAGACCCGGCCCGGGAGCUGGGCAAGCUGCAGGCCAGGCGAGGUGAGGCGCAGCGGCAGGCCCAGCGUCUGCGGGAGCGCCGCGCUGCCGUGGGCUACCCGGUCAAGGUGCCCCUCAAAGUCCAGGAGGCAGACGAGGCCAAGCUGCAGCAAACAGAAGCAGAGCUCAGGAAGAUGGACGAGGCCAUCGCCCUGUUUCAGAGGAUGCUGUGACACCAGCCCUCAGCCCCGUGGCCCGCCGGGGGCAGCAAUAAAUAUUUUGCCACAAAA